AUGUUUGAUCAAGAAAUCGCGGUCUUGGAGGGACGCAUUGACCAGUUGCAACAACAAGUAGACGGCAUUGCUGCAUGCAACGAACAAGAAGACCCUCAUGGCUUGCCGAGUGCGGUCACCAAAGAGUUGCUCAAGCGCCUCCAAAUGUAUCGCAGCGAAUGCUCAAGCAAGAUUGUCGCCAUGCGGCUCGCGAUCCGCACGUACAAA